AUGCUGUUUGUUGAAUUGGGAAGGGAAGUGUCACCAAGAAGCCUUAAACUUCGUAGUGUUAAGGCUGUAAUCACUGGAAUUAAGGACGAGAAGUUUGUUGUAAUUCAGAAACAGGAUAGGAGCUUUGAGGUUGUAAGAUUGAAGGAUAUUGUUCUGAAUGAUAAAGUGUACGAUCUAAAUGAGCUAAAAGACCCCAACCACGAGUUCUUCAAACAAGUAGAGACUGCAAAGAAAUGCAAUGAUUUUGAUAGAUUUAAGAUGGAUCUUGAAAAGAGAGUCAUUGAAGAGUUGAUCAAAGCUAAGGGCAUUGAUAAUUAA